GAAAUAUUCUCGCACAAAAUCCCAUGAAAUUGUACUGUUUAUAAAGUUAAACAUUAAUGUUAUUUAAUAACAAUGAGUGUGGAUAAAGGCAAAGGGCCGAUUUUCGACCCUGGCGUGUGUCGGUGCUGCGGUUCCAUGAAGCGAUGUCGUUUGUUGAAUGUAGAAUAUCAGUGUAUGGGGCAGAAAGAAGUCUAUUCUGAUAUGAUCAUGGAUUGCUUUGGGUUAUUGAUGUCCCAUUUAGAUGACAAGCCUUCAGCCCGGCUGGUGUGUGCGACAUGCGUGGGCCGACUACGAGAGGCCUCUGCCUUUCGAGCACAAGUGCUUCGUUGUGAGGCUGCGUUCCUUCAGCUAAGGAUGUGCGAGACGGAGGCUGCAGACAAGCAAGCACGGUUAGAGGCGUCAGCUCUGCUAGAGAUAGAGGUCAAGCCGGAGCCUCCUGACGAGCCACCGGAGCCCCCCGGCUCGCCCGGUGACCCCGAGCCUGAUGACACGGAUCACCAGGACAUGGCCGAUAAUGUUGAUGAUGAGCUGGAUCUUCAGGAGCAUGGGGAGGAGCCUGAACCGGAGCGAGUGAAGUGCGAUUCGCCAGUGGAUUCAGACGACAUGCCGCUGAAGCGACGGAAGAAACGCACGAAAAACGGCCGACUGCCGCCCGUCCAACAACCGCCUGCGCUCCCCAUGUCCAAAGUCCAGCAGCUAAUGCGCGAACGCGACCCCUCAUACAUGAUCGACACAAACGUCGUCACCAUCGUCGAAAACUCCUACAUCUGCCCCUUCAAGUGUCGACACAACCAUCUCCUCUGCUACUACUGCGGUACCAACUUCCCAGACCCAACCAGUCUCCGAGACCACACAGUUUCAGAACACCACCCGAAGAAAUUCAAAGUGAUCGAACAUAAGAAGAUGAUCAAAAUGGACUUAACUAGAAUUGAUUGUAGACUGUGCAGUGAGAAUAUAAGUGAUUUAGAAGAGUUUAAAAAACAUAUAACGACAGUGCAUAAUAAGAAAUACUAUUUUAACGCUAAAGAUUUAAUAUUACCGUUUAGAUUGACUUUGAAUGAACAGCAGUGCGCGUUGUGUGAUGACGUGUUUCCAUAUUUCCACGCGUUGAAUAAGCACAUGAACAAGCACUUCAGUAACUACGUGUGCGAGACGUGUGGGCUAGGGUUCGUGGACAAGGGGAGGUUCGUGAUGCACCAGCAACGGCAUGAGGGGGGGGACUUCCCUUGUGCCACUUGCGGGAAGAUAUUCAGGGCGCAGUACAAUAGAGAUCUCCACAUAGACCGCGUGCACAACAAGCGAGGUCGUGUCUUCUGCCCCAAAUGCGACGUGAAACUCAUGUCCUACACGCAGAAACUCAAACAUCUGGUAGAGGUACACGGCGAUGCGCCGCUCUCGUUCCCUUGCAGUCUUUGUGAGCGCGUGUUUGGCACGAGGCGCACGCUCACCAUACAUCGCAGGAAGGACCAUUUGAAGGACUAUAGAUACGAGUGCCAAUUCUGCGGCCAAAAGUUCUUCACCCGUUUCGCCCUGAACAACCACAUGCCGACACACACUCGCGAACGCAACUUCAAAUGUAAAGUGUGCGAGAAAAGUUACCCCCGACUGAAGACGCUUAAGGACCAUAUGAGGAUCCACACGAAUGACAGGAGGUACAGGUGUCACGUGUGUGGACAGGCCUUUAUACAGAACUGUAGCUUGAAGGGGCAUAUGAAGAGUCAGCAUUCGGAGUUUGGGUAAAAACAUAGGUCGCUGUACAAGCACAGUAUGGCCACUCCCGCUCCCCGCUGAAAGUGCCGCCCACCCGCUCUCGGUUACCUCACAGUUACCGCCUGUCAAAAACGCGAGCAGUCGACCUGUCAUAUUUCACUCAUACAAGCAUAGUACGCGAUUACCUACACGAGCUAAAACUGUGUGCUAGGAACAUGCCUCUUUGAUAUAUUUGAUCGCCAGUGUCCAAGUGUAAAAUAGUAUGGAAGUUCUUUUUUUAUUUUAGGUAUAGUAUACGCAAAACGUUUAUAAAAACAUCACAGUGACAUAUAAAUGUCGCCACACUAGUUGUAUAAAAAAAAUACUCAUUUUAGCCCUUUGUACGGCCAGCAACACAAUUUGUUUAGUCCUGUAUUUUGUUAAUUUUACAUAUACAUUUUGUUGAUUUUUGACAACUGUACAUAUGCUGUUUAUAUUAAACACUUA